UGACAUGCGUACGAACUACGGUUAUGCAAAAUUAAAUGUGAGGUUAGACCAGAAUUCGGUUAGGUUAGGCAGGUUAAGUUUAUUGCAUUGUUUACAUUUUACAUAUUGCAUAGAUAAUAAAAAAAAAUGUUAUCAGAGCUUUACGUCUAAGAUAAGAUUACUUAUAAGAAUCUCGUAUGAAUUUUGAAGAAUGUCAAAGAUGCAUCUCAGGGCGCCUCUCCCCAGGACGCUUUUCAACUGCUCAUACAGGUGAGUCCUCGUGACGCUUUUGCGCAUCACGUAGAAAUUUACACUUCUCGGGAACAUAUAAUUUCCAUCCUUGAGGAGAAUUCAGAAGUCGCUGCUUGAUUCCUGUUGUUAGUGCGAAUGGCCCGCUCUGGACACUCGCAAGGAGGACCCUGCUCUGCAUGGGGAAGCAACAGACCGGCCUGUCAGAGCUAUGUUUAUAGCAGACACCCACUUGUUGGGUUCCAGAGAGGGCCAUUGGUUUGACAAAUUAAGGAGGGAAUGGCAAAUGUACAGAGCUUUCCAGACUAUGAUGACAUUACAUCGGCCAGAUAUAGUUUUUGUAUUGGGUGAUGUUUUUGACGAGGGGCAAUGGUGUGGCUCCGUGGAGUUCGAGUACUACAUAAAGAGAUUUCAUUCCCUAUUCUAUGUGCCUAAGGACACUCACAUCUACGUCGUCGCUGGAAAUCAUGAUAUGGGAUUUCAUUAUGCGAUCACGCCUUAUCGCAAUCAACGCUUCAUUAAUGGCCUGAAGAGCCCAAGCGUGCGACGAUUGAGUAUAAGGAACAAUCACUUCGUGCUGAUCAACAGCAUGGCGUUGGAAGGGGAUGGCUGUUUCCUGUGUCGGCCGACUGAGAUCGCAGUGAAUAAAAUAGCCAAGGAUCUGAAAUGUGCGAGAGGAAUCGGCGAUUGUCGCAACGCAAGCGCGAUUUCCAAAUACAGCAGACCUAUAUUGCUGCAACAUUAUCCGAUGUAUCGGGAAUCGGAUGAGAUCUGCAACGAAUUGGAUCAAGCCCCGGAUGAAUUAAAAGCCAUCAAGUUCCGAGAACGGUGGGAGUGCUUGUCGAAAGAAGCGUCGGAGCAGCUUCUGGAUAUAUUAAAUCCGCGACUGAUCGUCGCCGGUCACACUCAUCAUGGCUGUAGGAGGAUACAUCGGGAUGACGUUCUGGAAUUUACAAUCCCAUCCUUCAGCUGGCGCAAUAAGGUCAACCCAUCCCUAUUGAUGGGUACUUUCACUCCCAACAAUUACUCCGUCUCCAAGUGCUACAUGCCCGUGGAAUCUACUGUGAUCACUAUUUAUAAAUGUAGUCUCCCAUGCAUACUGAUAUAUUUGAUUAUAAAACUCAGGCCGAGGCGGCACGCGUACUCGCGCUUGAAAAUGCCUUGACUAACUCUAUCAUGAGACACAUUCGGACACGAACACGCGAGCAUAUAAUAAUUCUAUAUACAAUGCAAUUCAAUGGAGGCUAUAAUUGUCGAGAUUAGGACAUAUCUGUAUACAUUUUUUCGUACACGCUAGCCAUCAUCGUAUUAUUUACAAGUAAUAGUAUAAAAUACUUUGUGAUAUAUUCUUAAUUAUAACGAUCUCGAUGUACAUAGAAUUCCAUUACGGAGAAUUCGAGACACACUAAAAGACUUUAUAUAAGUAUUGACGUAAUUUUACACGUGUCGUUAAAAAAAAAAAUUACAAAUAUCAAAUCUUAGCAAGUCAACUUGGGCGCGCGGAAGUUUGCAAUAAUAUUCAAAGUUGAAAAAUGAAAAUGUGUGUAUGUUCGUACGAACGUAAAUUAUGUAUAAAUACACAAACUAUAUUACUACUCAUAUACAUCGCGUACUGCGCUUACCAUUGCCAUAACAAUGAUCGGCCGAGACAGUUGCGAAACUGCAUGUUGCAUUCUUACAAUUAAAGGAAACGAUGAUAACA